AUGACUUUAUAGGAGAUCUGCAUGAUUUUUUAUCAGCUACUGAAUGGGCUUGAAUAUAUUCAUGGCCAGAACUUCAUACAUAGAGAUAUUUCUCCAGAAAAUAUCCUAGUUUUCCAAGACUAACUUAUCAAAAUUUGUGAUUUUGGAUUUGCAUCUUAUGGUGCUCAAACUAGUGCAAAUGUAGGAAAAUAAGAUUUUGUUGCUCCUGAGAUAUACUUUGGAAAUUAGAACUAUAACAAUUCAAUUGACAUCUGGUCACUAGGAAUAACUCUCUAUUACCUUUGUACUGAGAACAGAAUCAUAUUGACCUGCCAAUUGAGUACAAUAGGCUUCAAACUUUAUUUGACAAAAUGGUAGAAUAUGAGCCUUCAAAAAGACCUUCUGCUUCCCAACUUAAAGAAGACUUAAUGA